CACGGACUACAGUUAACACAAGACUCUUGCAUUAAACCUCCAUAGAAUAUUUCCUUGCAAAAGGAAAAUAUGCCAACCAAUGGAAUACACCAGAUUCUGAAGAUCCAGUUUGGCUUGAUCAACUGUGAUAACAGGUAUCUUACAGGAGAAGCAUUUGGUUUUAAAGUGUAUGCAACAGCUCCAAGCCUAAAAAAGAAGCAAAUAUGGACUUUAGAACAAGACCAGGUGGACAGUUCAGUAGUUUACCUUAAAAGCCAUCACCUGGCACGAUAUUUGUCUGCUGACAAAGAUGGAAAUGUGUCUUGUGAAGCAGAGAAGCCAGAAGAAGACUGUCGUUUUACCAUCUCUGCCCAGUCAGAUGGACGGUGGGCCCUCCAGUCUGAUCCCCACAAACGCUUUUUUGGGGGAUCAGUAGACAUGCUGUCAUGUUUUGCACAAACCAUAACUGAGACAGAGCUCUGGGCUGUACAUUUGGCAAUACACCCUCAAGCCAACCUUCUCAGUGUCAGCAGAAGGAGAUAUGCACAUUUGACUCCCCAGGAGGAUGAAGUCUCCACAGACAGCAACAUUCCUUGGGGAGUAGACUCUCUUAUAACUUUGGUCUAUCAGGAUAAAAAAUACUGUUUGAAGACAUGUGACAACAGAUAUCUGCGGAAUGACGGGAAGUUGGUUAAAGAACCUGAUGAAGGAACUGGCUACACCUUGGAAUUCAAAGCAGGAAAGCUGGCCUUUAAAGACUGUAGUGGAAAGUAUUUGACACCUAUGGGACCCACAGGUACUCUGAAAUCUGGAAGGAGUUCAAAACCUGGCAAGGACGAACUCUUUGAUUUGGAAGAAAGUCACCCACAAGUUGUCUUCAUGGCUUCAAACAGAAGAUAUAUUUCUACAAGGCAAGGUGUAAAUGUCUCUGCUAAUCAGGAUGAGGAGACGGAUUAUGAGACUUUCCAGAUGCAAAUCAACAAAGAAACCAAUAAAUGCAGUUUUCACACCAACGCAGGCAAAUACUGGACUCUGGUGAGCCAUGGUGGAAUCCAGUCAACUGCCACAGAAAUUGCUGCCAACACAAUGUUUGAUAUAGAGUGGCGAGGCCGGAAAGUUGCGCUGAAAGCCAGCAAUGGAAAAUACAUCUGUACCAAGAAGAAUGGACAGCUAGCAGCUGUGGGAGACACUGUUGGAGAAGAUGAAGAAUUCAUACUCAAGCUGAUUAACAGACCCAUUCUGGUACUGCGGGGAGAUCUAGGCUUUGUUUGUCACCAUAAAACCUCCAAUAUGCUGGAUGCAAAUCGUUCAUCUUAUGAUGUCUUUCAGAUAAUAUUUAACAAUGGAGCCUACCAAAUUAAAGGUCAGGGUGGAAAGUUCUGGUACAUUUCUAGUAAUGGUACCAUUUGCAGUGAUGGAGAUAUGUCAGAAGAAUUCUUCUUUGAAUUCCGGGAGCACAACCGUGUUGCGAUCAAGGGCAAGAAUGGAAGAUACUUGCGGGGUGAUCAAGCUGGAACCCUAAAGGCAGAUGCAGAAUCUGUGAAUAGUGCAACCCUGUGGGAGUACUAAUGCACACUCAGCACUGCUCAGGCAUGGAGAUGUUGCUCUUUAUGCAAGAGGCUUAAAAAGGCUGAGUAAUGCAGGGGGCACCAAGAUAUCCAUAAAGUGAUCUUUGUGAGAUGGGCAGAGCCCAAAUACCCAGCAGUCACACACAUACACAAACACACACACACACAUACACACACACAUAUAUAUAGCAGCUAUUUUUUUUUAAUCAGAUCACAGUCAUUUUGUCAAAAAUGUAAAACACAGGGUCCAACAGAGAGUCAUGGGCCAUGCAUGUAAUUACUUAUUUACAACUGACUCAAUAGUUUUUCUUAUUUAUAUUAGAUUUAAAUGUUUAAAUAUGGCCUAGGGUUGCAGCAUCUAAAUAGAGAUUUAAAAACACCUGUCAUACCUAAUAACAAUAAGCUAUAUAUAUUUAAUACAAGAACUUCGGCGGUAUCAUUAAGCUAUUUCAGUCUAUCUGCAGGGAUGUUGCUCAUCUUAAAACUUAGGGUGCUUUCCACAAGUGAUUUGCCCAGUGCUCUAAGUCUUAUUAACCACUUAAAAGUAUAUGUCUAUAUUUUUAAACUAUCUUGGAAGCUGUAGGCUUUAAACAGUGACUUUGGUGCCAGUGGGAAGCAAGUAACAGUCAUCGCUAUGAAAAGUUAUACAGACUGGUGCCAUGUUUGCACACCCCUUUUACAAACCUGUUUUCCUGGUCUUUUGAGAAGCUAGCAAUAUUCCUGGUAGACACGGUAAAGAACAGUUAGCAAUGCCCCGUAAUGAGACCCUAUGCCAAGCACCUACUGUACGUCACACCAACUUUCCUUAUUGGAGAAAGAUACUAAAAAUAUGGGCACUUUUUAAAAAAUAUAGAUGGAUAUAUAGUGUUUAAACCAUGUGCUAUUGAUGUUAUUACAAAUUUUAAUAAAGACGUAUUUGAUGGCCACACAA